GAAUUUCCACACACUCGACUACGACGACAGUUCAGUAAGUAAGAAGUUCGAUAGUCCAAAUAAAAUCUCGAUCGCAACUAUGACCAAUUUAAUUAAGUGUAUUUUGGUCCUGUCUGGUCUGAUGGCCUCUUCCGCCUCGGUCCAGCUGCCAUCCAGCACCAAUGGCUUCCUUCCACCCUCCUCUUUUUAUUUUUACAAUCCUGCAACGCUCCCAACUCUCAACUCCCCAACUUCUAAACAGGACAUGACCUAUCACGAUUACCCUACAUCGACGCUGUUAGGAUCCCACGUUGUAUUCCUAACAACAUGCAUGAAGGAUUUGAAAGAUUCGAACCAAAAAUUGGCACAAACGUCAAAACUUUUGGAGGAAAUAAAAAAUACGUCGACGAAUUUUGCCGGCAUUGAAAAUGUUAAGAAUGAGUUGAACGAUACGAAACACCAAUUGAAAGAAGCCACCGCCGUGAUUGGAAUUUUAAAAAAUGAUCUAAAAACAAACACCCAACGUUUGACUGAAGCCACUACCGUGAUUGAAACUUUAAAAAUUGAUCUGAAAGCAAACACCCAACGUUUGGAGGAAAUGGCGAAACAAUUUUCUACAACUACUCAAACGUUGGUCGAUUCCAACACCAAAGUUGAUACCCUAACAUCAACGUCGAAUGAUAUGAAACAACGUUUGACUGAAACCACUACCGUAAUUGAAACUUUAAAAAAUGAUCUGGACGUCGUUAAACAAGAUGUACUAAGUUCGAAGACCAAAAUCGGAGAUUUAACAACGGAAUUGACAAUCGUUAAACAAGAUGUUCAAAGUUCAAAGUCCAAGAUCGGAGAUUUAACAACGGGAUUGACAAUUGUUAAACAAGAUGUUCAAAGUUCAAAGUCCAAAAUCGGAGAUUUAACAACGGAAUUGACAAAGAGUACAGCCGCCUCAUCCAUCGGCAAAAUGCCCGGAUCAUGCGGAGACCUCCAGCGAAUUGGCCACAACAAGAGCGGAUUGUUUUCCAUCAUGGAUAGCAACAAAAUCGUGAACGUCUAUUGCGAUUUCACUAAACCAUCAAACGAUUCAGCUUUGCAAAAAUGGAUCGGAUAUACGGACGUGAAAUCCCUGCCCACCUAUUUCUACGUUCAGAAAAGAAGCGGUUUCUCGACCUUGGGAGUUCCGAUUCCAUUUGAAAUCGAGAGACUCAACAUCGGUGGAGCCAUGAAUAUAAAAACAGGGAAAUUCACAGCACCACGCAAAGGAGUCUAUUUCUUUGCCUUCAGCGGAGUUAGCAUUGCAGAUAGACCUGGUCAUUUUGAUUUGGGUUUGAUGGUGAAUGGUGUUCAAAUCGGGAGAGCCGAGUGUGCUUCCACUACCGGCGGUGCUGAUUGGGAAACUCUUACGCUGCAGUCCACGAUCGAACUCAAAAUGGGAGAUCUAGUUUGGUUGCAGAUCAUAGGCUCGCAUUGGGCUUAUCUGCAAGACAACAGUGAAGGUCAAUUUACUCACUUCUCUGGUUGGUUGCUGCAGGAAGAUCUUUCACCGUAGUUGAACUCCCAUUUUCUUACAUUGAAUUUUGGUUGUGGUGUAGGGGCCUACGGUAUACCUUUCAUGAUAGAAAUAAAACUUGGGGGAUAAAAA